GGGAAACGACACAGGAAGCGGGAGCGGACAGGUGACGUCAGUGCGUCUUCUCUAAUUCCUUGCAGACAGCGGUCACCUAUAACAGGACAUCAUGCCUCGAAUAGACAAUGACAUCAAGCUGGAUUUCAAAGAUGUGUUACUAAGGCCAAAACGAAGUACACUAAAAUCCCGCAGUGAGGUGGAGCUCACCCGUGCAUUUACAUUCAGGAACUCAGGCCAAAGCUACCAAGGGAUUCCUAUAAUUGCUGCCAAUAUGGAUACUGUGGGGACUUUUGAGAUGGCAAGAGCCUUGUGCAAAUUUUCUCUGUUCACGGCAGUACAUAAGCAUUAUUCACCUGAGGAGUGGAAGCAGUUUGCCUGUGACUACCCGGAAUGUCUAGAUAAUGUGGCUGUGAGCUCUGGCACCGGGCAGACAGAUUUUCAGCAUCUGGAGAGCGUUUUGUCUGCUGUCCCUCAAGUUCGUUAUAUAUGCCUGGAUGUGGCUAAUGGCUAUUCCGAGCAGUUUGUCCAACAUGUGAAGGAUGUAAGAGCCAGGUUCCCUAAGCAUACAAUCAUGGCUGGAAACGUGGUUACUGGAGAGAUGGUGGAGGAAUUAAUUCUUUCAGGCGCAGAUAUUAUCAAAGUUGGAAUAGGGCCAGGUUCUGUCUGCACCACCAGAAAAAAGACAGGCGUUGGGUAUCCACAGCUAAGUGCAGUCAUUGAAUGUGCAGAUGCAGCACAUGGGCUUAAUGGUCAUAUUAUAUCAGAUGGAGGCUGCACUUGUCCAGGAGAUGUUGCAAAAGCCUUUGGAGCUGGGGCUGAUUUUGUCAUGUUAGGGGGCAUGCUGUCUGGACAUACAGAGUCUGGAGGAGAAAUUUCUGUGAAGGAUGGAAAGAAAUAUAAGCUUUUCUAUGGCAUGAGCUCAGAAACCGCAAUGAAGAGACAUGCAGGUGGAGUGGCAGAGUACAGAGCUUCUGAGGGGAAAACUGUUGAAGUUCCUUAUCGGGGUGAUGUAGAAGAAACAAUUCGAGAUAUACUUGGAGGAAUUCGUUCUACCUGCACAUACGUAGGGGCAGGCAAGCUGAAGGAGCUAAGCCGCAGAACAACCUUUAUUAGAGUGACCCAACAACUUAAUCCCAUAUUCAGCAACCCUUGAGGAUAAUCAGCACCAUCUUAAUGUUUUGGGUUAAAAAACUUUUUUUUUCUCCUCUACAGCUUUAGCUACAUUUUUUAACUAUAAUGAAGUAUGCCCCACAAUGUGUAUGCUGCUGGAUUCUGUAGAAAUAAUCACUACAGGGAUGGUUGCCCUGUCCUCUUCCUGCUCCUGAACAUUGUGCAUUAUGAGGUUGGCAGCUAUGGGUUUCCAGGCUCUGCUGCACUAAAGAUCUGACAGGGACAUGCCUCUUACUGCAUUUCAUUCAUUGAGGAAUGUUCCUUCACAGAAUACACUUCCUGUAACACUAUCAGUGAAUGGGGUAGAAAAUACAUUGACUGUUCAGACUCUGAACUUCCAAAGAUUGUGUUAAAGGCAGUGUAAUCAGUGGAAGAACUUUUCUCAAUGGAGGAGAGGUGAGGAGGGGGUGUGUUCCCAUAGGAAUAAUCUUCACUGCAGAUGAGCCUGGAGACUCGAAGCUGUUAACCCCUUCAGCUCCAGAAGUUUAGCAGCAGGAAGAGGACAGAGCAGCCCUGCAGUGAAGAUUUCAACAGAUUCCUGCAGCUCCACACAUCAUGGGAUGUACUUUAUUACAGGUAAAUAAUGUAACUAAAACUGUAAAGAAAACUAUUUUUUUAGCUAAACUUUAGCUUUACUUGAUGUCUUUUAUGCCAAACUUAAAAAAUCCAUAUAAUAGGUCUAACGUUUCUGCUAUUACAUUCACAUUUCAUGAAUGACACAUAAUUUUACCAUUCCAUUCAUCGUAUCUUCAAAGAUGCCUUCAAAUGUGCAACUACUUUUUAUGUGUUAUAAUUGCUUGUAACAUUCCUUUGCAUGGACCAUUCAAUUUUUGAAAAUAUUUAUGAGUUAAUGUAGUCUGUGCAUAGUUGAACACAUUCAAAAUAAACAUUUUAACUUGAAA